CUUGUCCCUUGUAGGUAGUGAGCGUUCCAAGGUGGUGAAAUUCGCAGGGGCUAGCCACAAACCCAGUAGGCUUGCGGGGUUGCAGUUCAGUUCUAGUCGGUCGAUGCUUUCGCACCACGGCCGUCGCCAUACAACCUGUCUCGACAAUCCGCCGCUCCACAACCGCCUUCACACUCGCCCUUGCGUCGUCAGCCCACAUCUGAUCCCCGAGAAUUCCACCCCAUUUACUAUCGCCGUCACGAGCCGCAUGUCGACGCCAACCAGCCUACGAUUUUCCCUCGCCGCCGUUGGGCACACGCUGUGAUAGAUAUUGAGGCAUUGACCCGCGCCCGCCCGUUAUGACGGCCAUGCUGUCGCUCCCGCGAGACAACCCGCCCUUCCAGCGCUCGCCCUCGUCCUCGUCCCUCGCCUACGACGCCUACACGCCCAUCCGCAAGAACCAGUACUCGCUGCCCGACCUGCGCUCGCCGUCGCUGAGCGGCUCCUCGCGCACUUCGUCCAUGCACUCGACGCCCUCGAGCAGCGUCUCGCUCGAUCCCAAGUCAGACGAGUCGAGCAGCGAGGACGAUGGCCUGUCGUUUCCCAACUACAAUUCCGCGCGGCAGUACAGGAAGGGCGUUGCAAAGGGCAUCAGUCACGGCGUCACUCCCAUUGAUAUGGCCUCGUUGAAGCCUGCAUCCUCAGCCAUGCGCCCGGGCUCGCUGCCUUCACCGUCGCCAACGGAUGGUCUCUCCUCCGAUACUCCCAUGACCACUCCCGACCCCAUGCCCAUAUCUGAAGACGACACGGCCGUGCGCAAGGAGCCCUCACAUCACGUCGACUACCUCUCGUACGAGUGGCGCGAAGAGGACAUUUGGUCAUCGUGGCGGCACAUCGUCGAGCACCGCAGCGUCUACGGCGAGCGCUCCAGGCUCGAAAAUGCCUCGUGGCGAACGUGGGCCAAGGCCCAGUUUAAGCUCAAGACGGUCUCGCCCGAGACAUUGAAUUGGCUCAAAGACGUUGACGUGACCUGGCUGUACGGGCCCAUGCAGCCUGCCUCGAAUCGUUUCUGCUCGCAGCAGAAUUCGGAGCCGGCCAGCCGCCUGUCCAAGACCAACUCAUUCGUCAAUGGCGUCAAGAAGCCAAUUCUCAAGAAGCGCAGCAUGUCCGAGGCCAUGCUGCAAAAGUCCUUGUCGUCGUCGUCACUGCUGCAACAAGCGGCCGAGUCGGUGCAGGCCCAGCAAACAACCGGUGUGACGCUGGAGUUGCGACGGCCCCGACCAAUCAUCGGCCGUGUAACCCCCGACUUCCCCACAUCUUCCACAUUGUCCCGAGGCCUGCUUUGGGAAGGCACGGACUACUUCUCCUCAAAGUCUACCUCCGGACUGCACACCCCCGAUCACGGGGAGAAGCGGCACAUCCGCUUCGACGACAAGGUUGAGCAAUGUAUCGCCGUCGAGUGCAAAGACGCCGACGAUGAAGAGGACGACUGCAACCACAACCCCUGGGCCAAGUACCAGGAAGCGGACUCUUCGUCGGACGAGGGCGUCGUCAUGAUGAAGCGAUCGCGCCGGAAGAAGCCUCUUUCACGGACUGCCUCGUCCGUCAGCAUCAGCACGGACAACAAGACCAUUGCGAAACUUCCAUCGACGACGCUCAAGUACCGGACAGACUCUCCCGACGUACCCGAAACGCAACAACAUCACUCUCUCGCCAUGUGGAAGUCGCGCAGCGGACUCUCUCCUUCGCCGUCCUCCGAGACCCUGAAGCCGUCAAAUCCAUCACGGAACUUUCUGCUGGAAGAGGAUGACGAAGAGAGUGAGGAGUACCUUAAACCCUCUAGCGCUUACGGCUCAAAAAGGCCCGGCACUCCCACUGCUUCGGAUCCGUACUCAUUGCGCCGGAGUGGGUCGUCAGCCUCACUGGAAAGCGGCGCACUAAGAAGAACACCAUCUGGCAUGUUCAUGCCCUUUGAAGGCGACGAAGAAGAGCCUUUACCACCAACUCUCAUCGGCAGAGUUGUUGACACCGUAAAUACUGCACGCGAUAUAGGCCAUGUCAUAUGGAAUGCGGCAUGGAGUAAUUAGAACUUUGACUUUAGCGCAUGGCGUUCGCGGCUUUGUACUAUUCUUGCGGGAUGGACUUGGGAACAGGUAGCAUACAUACGCAGACCACAUCUUACGACCUGGCUAGGCGGCGGAGUUUUGGGAAUACCUACACUGAAGCGCCGUUGGCUGCAUGCAUUGGUGUGACUAUGGAUAUAGCUCACCUACAAUCGAUACCACAUACGUUCAAUGAUAGUACUGGGUGAUGCAGUUUGU